AUGUCCUUCACUCGAUUUAUCUUCUUCCCUUACGUCCUCGUCUCUCUCAUCCUUUCCGGCUUCGCAUCCUCUCAAACGUUACCCAAAGAAGAAGUGGAUGCUUUAAGAGCGGUAGCGACGGUGCUGAAGAAGAGCGAUUGGGAUUUCAAUGUGGAUCCAUGCGGCCCCAAUUCAACGGACGGACGAUGGAGAGAUCCUGCCGCCGACAAGGACUUCGCAUACGCCGUUACUUGUAACUGCUCCUCCGUUUGCCACGUCACCAGCAUAGUUCUAAAGGCACAAAACCUACAAGGAUCUCUCCCUAAAGAGUUGGUGGGACUUCCUUUUCUGCAAGAGAUUGAUUUGAGUAGAAACUAUCUCAACGGUACCAUUCCUCCCGAAUGGGCGGCCUUGCCACUUGUCAGCAUCUCACUGCUUGGAAACCGGAUCAGUGGUCCAAUCCCAAAAGAGAUUGGAAACAUUACAACACUUAAGAGCUUUGUCUUGGAAUUCAACCAGAUUUCAGGGAAAUUACCUCCAGAGCUUGGGAAUCUAAAGAGCAUCGAAAGACUCUUUGUUAGCUCCAACAACUUGAGUGGAGAAAUCCCAACCACAUUCUCCAAACUUACUUCUUUGACUGAUGUCCGUAUAAGUGACAACCAGUUCACCGGUACAAUACCAGAUUUCAUCCAGAACUGGACAGCACUUGAGAAACUGGUUAUUCAAGCAAGUGGUUUGUCCGGACCGAUUCCUAGUGCCAUUGCUCCUCUUAACAAGUUAAUAGACUUGAGAAUCAGUGACUUGACCGGGCCAGGAUCUACAUUCCCGCCACUACAGAAAAUGACGUCGAUGAAGAUAUUGAUUCUUAGGAACUGCAAUCUUACAGGAGAAUUACCUGCAUAUAUUGGAAGGAUUGUAGCUACAGCGUUUAAACUCUUUGAUGUAAGCUUUAACAAACUAAGUGGACCAAUCCCGGAAACAUAUAGCUCUCUUUACAAUGUAGAUAACAUAUAUUUUACAAAUAACAUGUUAAACGGGGAAGUACCAAGUUGGAUGGUAGACAAAGGAGACAACAUUGACAUUACUUACAAUAACUUCUCCAAAGAUCCAAAAACCGCAGGAUGUGAGAAUAAAGCCGUGAAAAUGUUUUCAAGCACAAGCCCUUUGGUAUCAAAUAACUACACAAACGUUUCGUGCCUGAGUAACUAUCGCUGUUCUAAACCUUUAUGGGGGCUUCAUAUAAACUGUGGUGGUAAUGAGAUUACAGUCAAUGGGACUAAGUAUGAGGCUGAUACAUCGGACAGACCGUUCUAUGAUAAAGGAAACGGAUGGGUUUCAAGCAACACCGGGAUCUUCAUGGAUGAUGAUCGGACUCCAGAAGAAAACACAUGGGGAAAUUCAUCAGAGCUUAACAUAGCAGAUCCUAGGCUUUAUACACGUGCUCGUCUCUCUGCCAUCUCCCUCACUUACUACGCCUUUUGUCUUGGUAAAGGAAACUACACGGUUAAUCUUCAUUUCGCUGAGAUCAUGUUCACUGGCAACAACACUUUUAGCAGUAUGGGAAGAAGAUUCUUUGACAUAUACGUUCAGGGUAAACUUGUGGUUAAGGAUUUCAACAUUGCAGAGGAGGCAAAAGGUAUUGGAAGAGCUGUGGUUAAGAGCUUUCCGGUCACGAUUACAGAUGGGAAGUUGGAGAUAAGAUUGUUUUGGGCUGGGAAAGGAACUACAGCUCUUCCUGUUAGAGGUGUAUAUGGUUCUCUCAUAUCGGCUGUAGCGGUUGAUCCAAGAGAUUUCAUUCCACCGAAGGAAGAUGAAACUGGAACUGGAAUCCCUGUUGGUGCAGUGGUUGGUAUUGUAGUGGCUUCAACGGUGUUUCUUGUGCUUUUGAUCGGCGCUAUUUUGUGGUGGAGAGGUUGCUUAAGACCCAAGAGUCAGAUGGAGAAAGAUUUCAAGAACUUGGAUUUCCAGAUUAGUUCCUUCUCCUUGAGGCAGAUCAAAGUUGCCACAGAUAACUUUGAUCCUGAUAACAAGAUCGGAGAAGGCGGCUUUGGUCCUGUACACAAGGGAACGUUGACUGAUGGGACCGUGAUCGCGGUGAAGUCGCUAUCAGCGAAAUCAAAACAAGGGAACCGAGAGUUCUUGAACGAGAUUGCUAUGAUCUCAGCUCUGCAACAUCCGCAUUUGGUUAAACUAUAUGGAUGCUGUGUCGAAGGUGAUCAGCUCUUGCUAGUCUACGAGUACUUGGAGAACAACAGUCUCGCUAGAGCACUCUUCGGUCCUCAAGCGACUCAGAUCCGAUUAGACUGGCCAACGAGGCAGAAGAUUUGCGUCGGGAUAGCGAGAGGAUUAGCUUAUCUCCACGAGGAAUCAAGACUCAAGAUUGUGCACAGAGACAUCAAAGCCACUAAUGUCUUGCUGGACAAGGAACUAAACCCUAAGAUCUCUGACUUCGGUCUUGCUAAGCUUGAUGAAGAAGAAAACACACACAUCAGCACCAGAGUUGCUGGAACAUACGGAUACAUGGCUCCAGAAUACGCCAUGAGAGGACACUUGACAGAUAAAGCAGACGUGUACAGUUUCGGCGUCGUGGCUCUCGAGAUCGUUCACGGAAGAAGCAACACGAGCGCACGUUCCAAAGGAGAAACGUUCUACCUUCUCGACUGGGUACACGUUCUAAGGGAGCAGAACAAACUGUCGGAAGUAGUUGAUUCGAGGCUAGGAACAGAUUACAACAGAGAAGAAGCAAUGACGAUGAUCCAGAUCGGUAUGCUCUGCACAAGUCAAGUUCCGACGGACAGACCUUCGAUGUCGACGGUGGUGAGUAUGCUCGAAGGAAGCUCGACGGUGGAUGUUGAGAAGCUUCUUGAAGCGUCGUUCAACAGAGGAAACGAGAAGGACGAAGAGAGCGUGAGAGCGAUGAAAAGUCAUUACGCGAUGAUUAGUGGAGAGGAGGUAACGACUACGACGAAUCAGACAAUGUCCAGUAACGGACCGUUCACGUCGUCUUCUACGUCUACUGCUAACGCCGGCGAUCUUUACCCUGUUAAGCUUGAUUCUGCUUAUUGGGACACGAGAGCGUAA